CUAAGGAAGCCGAGCGCACCAAAAGAGCUUAUGCUCAGCCCCCACUGUGGACCUCAGUGACCUACUUCAACUGAACAACGAAGACCUGAAUCUGGACAUAUAUAUCAUUGGUUUGCAGGAAAUGAAUUAUGGGAUCAUAAGCCUUCUUUCUGAUGCUGCCUUUGAGGACCCAUGGAGCAGUUUCUUCAUGGAUAUGCUUUCUCCACUGAACCUUGUCAAGAUCUCUCAAGUCCGUAUGCAGGGGCUUCUCUUACUGGUCUUUGCCAAGUAUCAGCAUUUGCCCUACAUCCAGAUCAUCUCUACAAAAUCCAUUCCUACUGGCCUCUACGGGUACUGGGGGAACAAAGGGGGAAUCAACAUCUGUCUGAAGCUUUACGGCUACUAUGUCAGCAUCGUCAACUGCCACCUGCCUCCCCACAUGUACAACAAUGACCAGCGCCUGGAGCACUUUGACCGCAUCUUGGAGAGUCUGACUUUUGAGGGAUAUGAUGUCCCCAACAUCCUGGACCAUGACCUCAUUCUGUGGUUUGGAGACAUGAACUUUCGAAUCGAGGACUUUGGGCUGCUCUUUGUUCAGGAGUGUAUAACAAAGAAGCGCUACAAAGAGCUGUGGGAGAAAGAUCAGCUCUUCAUUGCCAAGAAACAGGACCAGCUGCUCCGGGAGUUCCAGGAAGGCCCACUGCUCUUCCCACCCACCUACAAGUUUGACAGGCACUCCAACAACUAUGACACCAGUGAGAAAAAACGCAAGCCUGCGUGGACUGACCGAAUCCUGUGGAGGUUGAAGCGGCAGCCAGCCAAGGCCAACCCCUCCGGCUUCUUGUUGACACAGAAGGACUAUGUCAGCCACAUGACAUACAGCAUCAGUGACCAUAAGCCUGUCACUGGCACCUUCGACUUGGAGCUGAACCCACUGAUGUCUGUCCCACUGAUCACUAUGAUGCCUGAAUACCUGUGGACCAAGGAGAACGACAUGCUGAUCAACUACACCUCCACCCCAGAGUUCCUCAGCAGCCCCUGGGACUGGAUCGGACUAUACAAGGUGGGGAUGCGACACAUUAAUGACUAUGUAUCCUAUGUCUGGGUCGGUGACAACCAAGUCUCCCGUGGUAACAACCCAAACCAGGUGUAUAUCAACAUCAGUGCUAUCCCUGACACGGAGGAGCAGUUUCUUCUCUGUUACUAUAGCAACAACCUGCACUCUAUAGUGGGGAUAAGUCAACCCUUCAAGAUCCCGUCCGGCUUCUUUUUGAGAGAGGACACACUGUCUGAGCUUGAACCACAGCUCUGAGCCCAGAUGGGAGUGAAUGAAUCCAGGGCGGAGGCUAGAGCUGGAAGCCAGCUGUGCUUCAGCACUGCCAGCAGCGCUGGGUCUGGCCCAGCCCCUGAGGAGGCAUCUGAGUUUCCUCCAGCUCCCCACCUCCCAGGGGAGCUCAGCCAACCUCCUCUGCUCUCUCUAGUCCAGAUGAACUGGCCCUUUAAUACAGGUUUUUUAUUACAGAGAUGUGAUUGAAACAGAGUAGUGUGUCAAUGGCGAGGUCUUGGAGACUGUCCACUGCACAUAGACUUGCUUGCUUCCACUAGCUUGCAUGCCAUUUCUUUUUUCUCCCUCUCAUCCACACAUAAACACUCCCUCUCACAUCCAAGCAGUCGUGCCAGGCACAUGCCCUAUCUGGCACAGGCCUGCAUUCCUAUCACACCAUCCUGGGCCUCCUCGGGCUGCCCGGGGUGGGGGAGAUGUUCACAUUUGUACAGGCCCUGUAAAUUGGGUGGCACAAACAGCACCAGGUUCCAAAAGUCUUGGAAUCUCAUGGUUUGUUCCCACGGGGAUGACAGAGGCUCUGAGAGCCCUGCUUUCAGCUGAAGCACUGUGGCGGAAGUAGAUAGCAAUGCCCAUCUCUACUCUAAGAGUGGGAUCUGACCAGGAAGUUCUAGGGCCUCAGGUUAGCUUCUGCAGAGGAGUGGAGCCCCAUGUCCCCACCCGCCUGCCCUUUACAGACAGUUGACCGGUGGAGGAGGAGCCUUAGCCACUGUCCUCUAGAGUGGUCUUCAGAUCAAGCUCAUCUGCUGCCACUCCCAGCCUGAGUCAUUGGCAAAGCACUGCUCCUCCCCCGGGCCCUGCUGGGACCUAGAAGUGGGGAGCAGCAGAGGAACUAGACUGGACAUUUUGAAGGAGCUAGUGGCAAGAAGAAGACUCAGCACUUUCCAGGUGCCAUGUGGAUAGCCUAUCCGUACCCGACAGAUGCCUUCUGCCAACAGUGACUCAACACCUCUCCCAGGAUACACCUCAGGGAGUCUAGCCCUGUGAUUCUCUGUCCAUCUUGUGACCUAAGUCAUAAGUCACUCUAGCUGCUCUAGGUUCUGUAUUCUAUCCUGGGAGCCACUGGGUGUUAAGAACCCCCAGGCUCAUAGUGAGCUGUUGCUGUGUGUUCUCUGUGUGCUGUUACAGCAGAGGGUAAUUAUAAAGAUGGCAUUCACA